GUCGCCAAAUUAUUGCCCCUCUGCUGCAGACAGACAAACCACCAUAGUACACACUUUCUUCGCCGACCGCUAAAGUCUAGCGCAUCUCAGAAUCUCCGAGGGUCCCCCAUCAAAACGCAAAACGGAGCCAAACGAGGACGCCCCCCCAUGCCCAUGCCCCAUUCCACAUUCCACCGCCAACUGCCCACCAACAACUCACACACACCCACGCCCUCCAGUCUCCAGGUACCCAGUGGCUUCCCGUGGGAGGAGUCUGGGAGAACACCUCCAGAGGAUGCAGAAGCCUGGAACCCCGGUUCCCAUGGGUUGCAAUGGCCAAUCUCCAAACCGCCCAAAGAACCGGUUUCCCAUCCAGGGCAAGGAUGUGCGCCGCCUUGGCCUGGGCCCUGCUUGCGCUACCGUCACCGUCGAGUUUCUCGCUACGUACUGCGCCGUGGCCCCCCCAACCCUCUCGAACAAUGCUCAUCCCGGCUUCCGGAAUCCCUGCUCCACCUCAGCGGGGAGGGGCGGCAUUUCAGUCAUGCCCGCCGCCUCACCUUUCAGAGCAAGCAUGCUUCUUCUCCUUGA